CACCUUUUGGUGAUUGCUAAUCAAGAGGGUUCUGCAGUCCAGCAUUGCUUCUUGGAUGUUGCUGGUUCAUCGUUUGGUUGUUAUUCUCUAAUUUCUCCUGCAAGUUUCUGCAUCUUGUUGCAUUUUUUAGCGAGGAUGUAUGCACUUCGCAGACUGAGGGAGAAGGACCAAGAAGAGAAGGCGGAGUCAGCCUCAUCCUCCCCUGUGGUAGAGCAGAGAGAGAGAGAGAGAGCAUGAUGGAGAGAGACGGGGGUGCGUGAGAGCUGAUGAGCUGGAGAAUGGACGGCCAGCGAGACUGUGCGAGCCAGCGAGAGAAGACACUGAAAGUACCAGAAGCUCCCAUCAGCAGCAGGAGGAGGACCGGCUGAGCUCACCAGCGACAACUCCGAAGACUGACAGAGGGCAGGAAAAAAAGAGAGGAGGAGGACUGAAGAGCGGCUUUCUUCUGGUUUUUGCCCUCUCGCACAAUCCUCACAACCACAAUGAUCCCCCGGGUUCUCCCCCGGGUUCUACUCGUCCUGUGGAUCUUCGCACACGGUGCACACUCCAUGUUUUCCCAGCAGCCACAGGACUUGGUGGUCGUGGCUGGUCAACCUGUGACCUUACCGUGCUCCAUCACUAAUUACCAUGGCGUUGUACUGUGGAUCAAAGAUGGCUUGGCCCUUGGGGUUGGCAGGGACCUGUCAGGUUAUCCCCGUUACACAGUGAUUGGCGACCACGGCUCAGGAGAGCAUCAUUUGCGAAUCCAGCGCGUGGAGCUGAUGGACGACGCUGUGUUCGAGUGCCAAGCCGUCCAGGCUGCCAUGAGAUCCCGGCCUGCCCGCCUCACUGUGCUCGUUCCACCUGAGGACCCCAUCAUCAGCGGCGGGCCCGUGGUGAGCCUGAGGGCGGGCGACCCACUCAAUCUGACCUGCCACGCGGACAACGCCAAGCCGGCCGCCUCAAUCAUCUGGAUCCGCAACGGAGAGGUCCUCAAUGGGGCCAUGUACUCUAAGACGUUGCUCCGGGACGGGAGGAGAGAAACCACCGUGAGCACUCUCUACCUGUCGCCGUCAAACAUUGAGACGGGCCAACAGAUCAUCUGUAAGGCCUCAAACAAGGCUGUCCCCAACGGCAAGGAGAGCAGUGUCACCAUCGACAUCCAGCAUCUCCCUCUUGUCAAUCUCUCAGUGGAUCCUCAGCCUGUUCUCGAGGGCAACCUGGUGAGAUUCCACUGCUCCGCAAAGGCUAAUCCCCCUGUCACGCUGUACAGGUGGGCCAAAGGGGGAAGCAUCAUAAAGGAGGUCUCUGGAGACACGUACGAGGUGAUUGUGGACCACUCCUUCUUUACGGAGUCUGUUUCCUGUGAGGUGACCAAUCAACUGGGCAGGACUAACGUCAGCCGCAAUGUUGAUGUCUACUUCGGGCCUCGCAUGGCUGCAGAGCCACAGUCGCUGCAGGUGGACCUCGGAUCUGAUGCCGUGUUCAACUGUGCUUGGAGAAAUCCCUCUCUUACCAUAGUGUGGAUGAAGAGAGGCUCUGGAGUGGUUCUCAGCAACGAGAACCUCCUGACACUGAAAUCCGUGCGGCAGGAGGAUGCUGGGAAAUAUGUUUGCCGGGCCGUGGUCCAGAGAGUCGGCGCCGGAGAGAAAGAAGUUUCUCUCACUGUCAACGGGCCGCCCACCAUCUCCAGCACUCAGACACAACAAGCCUUGCACGGCGAGAAAGGACAAAUCAAAUGUUUCAUCCGAAGCACUCCUCCUCCAGAUCGCAUCGCCUGGUCCUGGAAGGAGACCGUGUUAGAGUCCGGGACGUCCGGCCGCUACACGGUUGAGACGGUGACCACGGAAGAAGGCGUCAUCUCCACGCUGACCAUGAGUAACAUAGUGCCAGCUGACUUCCAGACCAUCUACAACUGCACGGCGUGGAACAGCUUCGGCUCCGACACCGAGAUCAUACGCCUUAAGGAACAAGAAUCCCUCCCCGUGGCGGUGAUCAUCGGCAUUGCUGUGGGAGCUUUGGUGGCCUUCAUCGUCCUCAUGGGCACCAUUGGAGCGUUCUGUUGUACCCGCUCCCAGAGAAAGGAAGCGCACCUGGUUAUGCCCUCACUGCCCGUCUCCAUCUGUGCUCACCAGAGAGAACUUGCAAGCAAAAUUAAAACUGAAAAUCUGAAAGGAGUGGUGUCUGCAAAAAACGACAUCCGGGUGGAGAUCGUGCACAAAGACCACAACGCCGCCAGGGAAAACGAGGAGCACGCCUCCAUGAAACAACUGAUGGUGGAUCGCGGGGAGUUCCAGCAAGAAUCCGCUCUGAAGCAGUUGGAGGUUUUGCAAGAGGAGGAGAAGGAGUACCAGCAUAUUAAGGACCCCACAAAUGGCUACUACAGCGUCAACACCUUCAACGAGCACCCGACACCAACUAUGGCCGGAACCCAGUCCACCGACGGGAAGAACCCGACCAAUACGAGCACUCUAGGCAAGCAACGGGUACCGACAGGCAUGUCCUUCACCAACAUCUACUCCACCCUGGGAGCGGGUCCCAAUCGCCUGUACGACUACAGCCAGCGCUUCGUGCUGGGCAUGGGCAGCAGCUCCAUCGAGUUGUGCGAGCGGGAGUUCCAGCGCGGCUCAAUAAGCGACUCCAGCUCGUUUAUCGACACGCAGUGCGACAGCAGCGUCAGCAGCUACAGCAAGCCGGACGGCUACGUGCAGUUCGACAAGGACAGCAAGGCGUCGGCCUCCUCGUCCUCCCACUACUCGCAGUCGUCGUCGCAGAACUCAGACCUAACCCGGCCUCUCCAGAAGCGCAUGCAGACCCACGUCUGACAGCCAGGAUGGGAGGGAUGGUCUGAGAACCAGCCUUGGGUGUGAACUCCGACUUGGUUUCAUCACACUGAACCACUUUGUCAGACAUGUGGAUCAAGAAGCCUUAUAUUUCCCUUUUGUUUAAUCCAUUGCCCACAUCCGGGUUCUCACAGACGUUCUUGAGUAGUGCCACGAUACUUGCCAAUGAAGACACUUGGGAUUAUUCUGCUUCUGAGGACAGCAACAAAGCUGCAAGAUUGGUUUUUUUUCUGAAUGGAGUAAAACCGCACAACAAUUCCUUUCUGCUCUUUCGUGUCUCGUCAAGCACAAAGACUGAACAUCCACAAGGUUUUUUAGGUAGUCAACAACUCACAACCACCACGGCUUCCCUCCUUUCUUUCACAGUCUUCUCACACUCCAGCUCGGCUCCUUGCAAUGUCUCAUUGCGUAGGUGGAGUACAACUGGCCUCCUUCCACAUGCCCACAGACAUGGUUGGGAGGAACAGCUGCAUGUGGGCCAGACAAGAUAACGAAGGGCUGAGACCACGUUUUCGAUCCCAACGUUCGCGUUCUGAUAAAACAUCAGUGUACAUAUUGUAUAAGGCUGUAAAUUAUUUUCUGACUAAUCGCGGAGGAGUUCUUAAAUGAAACAAGAGCGGUUUGUAUCCCGCUCUAGCCCCUCAAAAAAGUUUGCCUUGGGGAACUGUUUGGUUAACUAAGCAGACAUACUGCAUAUCAGCUGCAGCCGGUGAACUAACACUGCUAAAGGUGCAAGUAUAUGUAAACAUACUCAUGUCUUAUUUUGUGGUUGUUGCAGUGUGUAGUUGCUGAUAAAACUGGAGCAAAGUGCACACUUACAAUUUGUUUUGAAUAUAGCUUUUGGAUUUUUGGUCAUGUUUUUACAGAAAUUACUUUUAUUAUUGGCACAAUUGAAAUUAUGCUUAAAUUCUUGUCCCCCCCCCCUCCCUCCGCCCUUUUAUUAGAUAGUUUAAAAAAAAAAAAAAGAAUACAACUAUAUAUAUUACCAUGUUUUACCAAUAAAACAUUAAUACACAAUGCUAAAAAAAUGAUAAAAAUAUUUAACAUACAAUAAUAAAAGAAUAAGGAAAAAAAUAUAACUUUUUUAAAAAAAGCAGGCAAUUUUUUUUUUUUAAUAUAGUAAAUAAAUAUGGUUCCGUAAAUGACAAUUCAAAAUUAGUUUCACAAGAACAAAAUUGCAAUUCCUUUUGUUAAUGUAUUUUUAUAAAUAGGUUGAAAUUACCAAGUAAAUUGAAAAAAGAAAAUUAGUAUCUUUCACCACAAAAAAAGAAAACCUAAGAAACUUCACACUACAGAACGAAAAUAUGGUACAUAGGUUACAAAAUUAAAUUAAAAUGUUCAAUUCCUUAUGUUAAUGGACCAAAAUUUAUUUUUUAUGUACAUAUGAAUUGGUAAAAAAAAAUAUGUUACAAUAAUUUACUUUUAAAAAAAGGUGUAAUUUACUGAAUACAUUAAACUAUUUUAUAUACACAAAAAAUGUAUCUUUAAUUAUUUUUAUUUUUUUUAAAUGGGAGAAACAUGCACACUAUAAAACAAGUAAAUUGCAGUACAUUUUCCUGGAAAAGUUUAAUUUUAAUGUCAAUAAACAAUGUAAUUCAAUGUGUUCAAAUGUUAGUAUCUCUGCCAGAUAUCAUCAAAUCAACGUGUAAUUUGGUGUACUUAUGCAGGAUCUUGUGGGCUAAAAGGACGCACAAUUCACAAAGCCGGAAUUCCCUCCAGAUGAGAACCAACGUCCAAUGCUAGAUUUAAGGCUGAUAAGUGCAUUGAUUUGACAUGUUUGUGAGUUUACAUUUUGUUCACUGAGUUGAGAGGAUAUACAAAUAGACACACAAACACACAUCACCCGCGUUUCUAAGUAAAGUGGUGUUGUCGCUCCCUGUUAGUAUUAUUAUGAUCCGGGACUUUUGGGGAUUGCUGGGGAAAUUUGCAGAAAACAAAAACUGCGUGAAAUUUGGACGGGAGGUCAUGAAUUUUUCUGUAGUUGCUGCAGUCAAGGAUACGUUUAUUCCAAUUCAUAUCACAAGUGCUGACUGUGUUGCUUGCAAGUUAGUCCCGCUAGUCGCAUAAAUCAAUAAUGACCUAUGUUUUAAAAACGGUCAUUUUCGGCCUUUUAAAACAAAGCUGUCAUUAAAAGCACUUUAAAAGGAUUAUCUCAUUCAAGGUACACUCCAAUGGCGGUAUGGACUCUUAUUUUUUACAAAUGUACAGUUUAAAGCAACACGGAUAAUCCAGUAGACUGUACAUAAAUCAAUUAAAUGCUGUUUUUCUCUGUAUAUAGUUUUUUUUUUUUUCACUCUUGUGAUUUUCUUUCAUUCUCGGUCGUCAUGAUUGACACCUAAAGCUCCAAAUUGUACAGACAAUCAUUAUCCCCUCACAUUAAACCCAUCAAAACUUCUUGUUUCUCUCACAUUUGCGUUUCAAGACUGAGCAGUUUCUGUAAAACACACAGGCGGCUUUUAGAAAUGAAAAGCAGUGUUGAGCUGGGACAGCUUUGAAGUGAGAUGAAUUGUUAUUUUAACUUCAGUCCCUCAGAGAUGCCUGAAGCUCUUUUAUUCGACACUAAAACGACUUUGCAGAGCAGUCACUGUGUAGAAUCUAUAUCUUGUAUCAGUAAAUAUAUUGACUGCAUAUCUUUCCACUUCAGACAUCCCAUUUGUUAGACGGAAUAAAUCAUUGAUGCUCCACUUUGCCAUUCUACAGUAUUAUAAUUCAUAGUGAUAUAUAUUUUAACCAACCCUGCGAAUACAAAAGGAUUUUUGUCCCCUCAAACCAGUGAUAUUCGGCUACAAAACGAGUAUUAAAGCCACAGUCAAAAUACAGAUAACUUAAUAUUUCAAAAAGUAAAACGUUUAGGAAUAUUACAGGGAAAAUCUAUUUUAUGGAUAUGUGUUAGAUUUAUUGAAUCAGUGCAACUACUGUAAAUUUAUGU